AUGGAAUUUUGUAGGAAGAAAUCGUGGUUGGUGUUGGUGGGAGCAAUAAUAGUUUGGGGUCAUGUGCUAGGCACAAAUGGUUGUUUCCAGCAAGAGAAGAGUGCACUGUUAGAUUUCAAAGCUAGUUAUGCGAAUGAGUCAUAUCUGCUACCUUCGUGGAUGAAUGAGCCAAAGAGUAAUUGUUGUGUCUGGGAAAGAGUCACAUGUGAUUCCUCUUCAGGGCACAUCAUUCAUCUUUCUCUUGGGAAUCUUCGUACAGUUGGUGAAAUUGAAAUGGUUCCAUUCGGAUAUCCAUACGGUGAAAUGGGACCGUAUUCGCAAGGAAUUCGACCAUACUGUUUCAACCCCACACGUAGCUUAAACUGGUCCUUGUUCCUGCCCUUGAGGGAAUUGAGAAGUCUUGGCUUGUCCAAUUAUUGUUUUCUGAGAUUCAUUUGGAAAAAAGCUGAUAGCAGGUCAACGUUGAAGAAGUUAGAGACAUUGGAUCUGAGUUUCAAUUAUCUGAACGAGAGCAUCGUGGAAUUUCUGGGUUCUCAUUCUUCUAUCAAGAGCUUAAAUCUUUCUGGUAAUUUUAUUGGUGGGCCAUUUAUGAAAGAAUUAUCACUUCUACCGAACUUGGAAGUGCUGGAUUUGAGUAUGAAUCAUGUUGGCAAUGGCAGUUUCCUUGCAACUCAAGAGUAUGAAGGCAAGUCAACGUUGGAAAAGUUGGUGACAUUAGAUCUGAGUUUCAAUUAUCUAAACGAGAGCAUAAUGAAACUGGUGGGUACUCUCCCGUCCAUCAAGAAUUUAUCCCUUGCUGCUAACUUUAUAGGGGGGCCCAUUCCUAUAAAAGAAUUAUCACUUUUACCAAACUUGAAAGCACUGGAUUUGAGUGGAAAUCGUCUUGUUAGCCAGAUUCCCACCCAAGAUACCAAUUCUAGCGUCGAGUUCUAUGUAUUUAAGAAGUUGAAGACGCUGAACUUAGCUGACAAUAUGUUUGAUAAGGGAAUACUCAAGUCUUUAGAUGCUUUCCCCACUCUCAGAUCAUUGAACAUAGGUUAUAAUCCAAUCAAAGGGGAUCUUGAUGACAAAGUUUUGGCUAAUCUAAGCAAACUGGAAGUUCUUGAACUAAGUAAUGCAGCUAUUAAUGGAUUUUUCCCAAAUCAAGGUUUAUGUAAAAUGAAGCAACUUCAGAAGCUAGAUCUGUCAUUCAAUAAUCUGAGAGGAAGUUUGGUUCCAUGCCUUGGCAAUUUGACAUCACUUCGCGCUCUGGAUUUCUCCUUUAACUACCUAAGUGGGAAUUUGACACCUCUCAUUGUUCACCUUGCAUCUAUCGAGUAUCUUUCCAUUGCAUUCAAUAAAUUUGAGGGUGCAUUCUCGUUCAACAUUUUGGCCAACCAUUCAAAGCUCAAGGCAUUGCUAAUUGGUGAUAUGAAAGUGGAAACUGAAAAUCCCCCUUGGGUGGCAUCAUUUCAGUUGGAACAACUGGCAAUCAGCUCUUGUGAGUUAAACUUACCUACAAAAAUCCCAACUUUCCUUUUAAAUCAAACUGGCUUGAGAUAUCUUGAUUUAUCAGGAAAUUAUCUACUUGGUAAGUUUCCCAGCUGGUUGCUCAUGAAGAACCCAAAUUUAGAAGAGGUGUAUUUAUUUGAUAAUUCUUUCAAUGGACCUUUUGAACUACCCUUUGAUCAAAAUCUUCGCAUGAAUCAUAUGAAACUGUUGUCCUUAUCAAACAACCAAUUCCAAGGCAAGCUCCCCAGCAACAUUGGAUUCUUCUUCCCACAUUUAGAAUAUUUGGAUAUCUCAAACAAUAAGUUUGAUGGUGCUAUUCCAGCUUCAAUUGGAGAGAUGUCAAGCUUAUUGGGAUUGUAUCUAGGGAACAAUAACUUUUCUGGCAAUGUACCUGAGCACAUUCUCAACAGAUGUUUCUCAUUAAAAACAUUGAUGAUGGAUAAUAACCAGUUCAGUGGAAAACUAUCGAGUAUGAUCAGAAAGCUUAGGCUUACCAUCCUAACAGCAUCAAGGAACAACAUUGAAGGAGCAAUAUCAGAAGAAUGGUGCCAACAUGAGUUGAUAAUGUUAGACAUAUCUCUCAAUAAAUUCUCUGGUUCACUACCCGCUUGCUUCAAAACGCCAGCAUACUUGUUCCUGCAGGGAAACAACUUUACUGGCACGAUACCUGAAUUAUUCAUGCGCAACUACUCUAUAGCAACAGCCAUUGAUUUUAGUGACAACAAAUUCACUGGAACAAUUCCUGUUAGUGUAUAUAAGCUUUGGUCUUUAAGGUUUCUUUUAUUGGCAGGAAAUCACUUGCAAGGCCAAAUUUCCAGUCAAAUAUGUCAACUAAAACUCAUCAAUAUCUUAGACCUUUCGCGAAACAACUUCACUGGGUCAAUUCCUGCUUGCUUCAGUAAUAUGUCGUUUGGAAAUUUUAUCAUUCCCUUUUAUAUUACUGAUAGGGUUAAACCAUUUGUCCCUAGACCUGAUCUUGCAGAAAUACAACUCAUAACAAAAAAUUUGUAUCUUUCCUACAAAAGUGAUAGAUUUCAAUUGAUGUCAGAAUUAGAUUUGUCAUGUAACCAAUUGACGGGAGAGAUUCCAGACCAAAUAGGAGAUCUACAUGGCCUUCGUUCGCUCAACUUAUCUCACAACCAUCUAAAUGGUAUGAUCCCAGAGAGGUUCCAGAAGCUAGAAAAUAUAGAGAGCUUAGAUCUUUCAAAUAACAACCUCAGUGGACAAAUCCCUCUUCACUUACAGGACUUGCACUAUUUGUCUGUCUUCAAUGUUUCCUACAACAAUUUAUCAGGCAAAGCACUUGAUAAGGGACAGUUUUGUACCUUUGAUGGGAGUGGCUACAAAGGAAAUCCAUAUCUUACUUGGGUUAGCUGUGACAGAGACAAUUCAAAACCGCCACUACAACCUCUAUUGCAUGAAGAAGAAAAAGAAGAAGAAGAAGACGAUUCAGCAAUUGAUUUCAAUUUCUUCUAUUGGAGUUUUGCUACAUGCUAUGUCAUGGUACUCGUAGCUUUGGUGACAAUUAUUUGGAUCAACCCUAGUUGGCGGAAAAUGUGGUUUUAUUUUGUCCAAGUGUGCCUUCAUAAAUGUUGUGGUCAAUUUCUUCAUGAUGAUUCUGCUAGAAAGUUGUGA